AUGUUGAACACAUACGCUUCGAACCUCACAGAACGGCGGAAAGUCUCGCCAAUCACGCCUGUAGCCACUUCACAAUUACUUGCUUUACCAAUCCCAGAGCCUGAGAUGCCUCGAUAUACUUUUCGACGAGAGUCUCUGUGCUCGACCUGUCAGAAAUCAUACCCGAGCAGGUUUUCAGAUUUAUGCGCUGACUGCGAAUCUGAGGAGAAUCCAAUGUUCCUCUACACCAUCUAUGAGUCAGAUGAAGAAGAUGAAGAAGUUCAUUCUAACUCCCCGCCAGCAUCACCUGGCCCAGAUUUUCGCCUGGAUUUCUCCAACCUUACCCCACCCAAGUUCAGCUUCAAUAACUACUCUAGUUCUGUGGAUUCCGCAUCGACCGUCUUCACUGAUAGUAUGCUGCCCACACCCAACUUCGAACUUGCAGACACCUUGACUCCAAUAUCGACUCCUGGUAGCUUCACUAUUAUGAUGAGAGAGCGGAAAGGUUAUAUCUUCGAGGGUCCUAGGGAGCCUCAAGAUUAUUUCCCAGCAUACCUAUAUCCCCAGUCGGUGGAUCCAGAGAUCAAACGAUCAGGACCUAUUAAAAUCCCACGAAGCCCAAGCUCAGAUCCAAAUUCUAUCUAUAUGGAAUUAGAUACCAUAAACAGUGGGGAGGAGGGUCCAACUAGCCCUCAUAUUGUCAGGCCGACUAGCCUUCGAAGUUUCUUUACUCCCAAAUAG